GCAAGCAGCCAAAGAUGUCGACUGGGACCGCAUCGAGAAGGACGACGGAGCUACCGAGUUGCUUAGACAUGUGAGAGCAAAGCUCGGAGCUCAACCCAUCCAGGAUGCAGGAAAGUAUUUAGCCAGAUGGAUCUUCGAUCUACGACGGGACACUGGAGAACCGAUGCCGAGCUACAUCAACAGAGACGAUGAGGCCUACCAUGACGUGGUCAAGGGGUUCGACACCGAGUAUUUCAAGAAGCAGCGCACAGCCCGACUCUCGGAGAGAGCCAAGAAGUGGAAUAACCUCUAUGGAGAGCUCAACUUGUUCCUGUAUAAGAUCGAGCAGGAGGCCCGGAGGGAUUUCAACCAGGCGAUCCCCCUAGACCAGCUGCGCGGAUGGCUACUGCUACAGCGAUCGAGACUGACACCGACGGAGCGGGCAGCGGUCAUCAGCGCAGUCAAGGGUAACUCCGACUACGACAGCAUCGGAGAGCAGUUACGAGUUUCCUGGCCAGAUGAUGAGCUGACCAAUCGGGACAAGAAGCAGGGCAAGGAGGCGAACAGCGAGGAGGACGACGACUACAGCUACUACGAAGAGCACGAGUCCGAGGCGACCUACGACGGCCAGGGCGACGAGGAGGAUGAGGAAGAUCCCGAGGAGCCGCUCUACAGUGCCCAGGAGAUCGAGGAAGCCGAGACCGCUUUCGCCGCCCAGCAGAGAAGCUUCGAGGAGGGCCCCGGGCUGGAUCUAGAGGCUCAGGGUCAUCCAAGGGACGAGGCCGCGGGAGCGGACAGCGACGUGACGGACCACCCCGACGAGAAGGAGAUCGCUCCCAAGGCCGGCCUCCCAGGAAAGGAUGCCGAGAUGGAAGCUGACCUCAUCACGAACGAGAUGCCCAGGCUGCGGUUGGAAGCGUCCCUUGCUAACAAGCCAGUGAUCAAGAAGAAUCGGCCGAAGACCGCCAACCAGAAGAAGCAGCUGGACAAGAAUUCCUACAUGCCGAUCGAGAGGGCCAUCGAGUUGCGCGAACGAGUCCAGCACGAGAAGCUACCGAUGUGGUCUACCCUGGAGAAGGCCGAGGACUGGAUUCUCAUGAGUGUCAAGCAGAGCUCCUCCAAGGGUUUCGGCAUUCUCGACAUCGGCGCGACCUCCAGCAUCAUGGGCAUAGAGGCCGCCGAGAACCUACGCGACAUUAUCUACGAGCAGACGGGCAAAAACAUCAAGAUGGACGUUAGUCAGAAGAGUACGUGUAUAUUUGGCGACGGCAAUGCCAGGACCUGCACCGGCAAGGCGACCUUUCCCCUCAUGAUCGCCAGUGUGGACGGCGAGCUAGAGAUCAACAUCCUCGACGCAGACGACCCGCUCCUGAUCGGAGUGGACGUGCUGAGCCGCCUCGGGGCUGUGAUUGACUGCGAGGCACACGCUGUUUACUUCAAGAAGCUCGGGCGCCGAGCUGAGCUGCUCGUCCUUCCGAGCGGUCCCAGACAUUGGAGCCCCACAGGCCUCAGGUACAUCAUCAUUACCUACGACCACGGGGACAUCAUCAUUACUUGGGACUACGGGGACAUCAUCAUUACCUACGACUACGGGGAUAUCAUCCUUACAAACGUCAUGGACAUCAUCAGAAUCGUCCCCUACAGCACCUACUAUGACAUUAUCAGGAACACCUACAGAGAUUCCAGCAACCAGCAUUUCUUCCAUAUUCGCAUGAGCCUCAACCGCGAGGCGAAAUGCCGCAAAGCCGAGAGCCAGCAGGUGAAGCUGGAGAACGAGGAGAUGGUCGGAUCAUGGGAAGCGGUGCCGCCACUGGAUGCAGGCGCUCCGACUCGCCCUCCGACGUCAACGAGACCUACGCAGCCGAUGCCGCCAUCGGCUCGUCUGAUCCAGCAUCAGAACACGAGGGGCAAUACAUUCUACACGGUCGAGGGCUCGGAGCUGGACAAGAGCCUGAAGCGCCUAUCGGACACCUUCCUACUGGAGCAUCUGCCGACCUGGGAGAUGUGGUCCAGCAAGCUCCUGAAGCAGUGGACGAUGUGCCGCCGCUGGGGGCGGGUCUUCCUCAAGGUCUUCCUCAAGACGAUCGACCGGGUGACCUGGAAGCUGGACAGCAUCGGCCUCCCUGUGCAGCUGCUGCCCGAGAAGUACCCGACCUGGCCGGCGGAGCUCGGGCAUCGUGCGAAGAUCGAGCCACAGCGCCCCAGGACGGAGACGAAGCAGAGGUCAGCCGCAUCCGCGGCCGCUCGAGAGCAGAACCAGGAGCUUCGGGCCAACAUCGAGACCGCAAAGUCCGAUUUCUCGACCAAGUAUGCGACGGUGGAUGUGUUUGCAGCGCUCAGCUCGGAACAGAUCUACGAGAAGCUCAACAUGGUGACGGUGGUCAAUCACCUGAAGCCCCUGUGCAAGACCUGGGGACUGACGCAGUCCAGCAAGAAGGAGGAGGUGAUCGACAGGCUCAUCGCGCACAUCAUCGAGGAGCGCGGAACGGCGGCAGCGACGAUCAGGGUCAAGAAGGAGCCGGAGACCAAGAAGGUGGAGACGGGGCUUAUCGUUGUGGGCCCGGCGAUCCCAGCGCACCACACGCAGAUGUGCCAGCACCCAGAUUGUCAGCAGCAGCGGGGCAUCGCGAAGAACGAGCCGAUCGUGAAGGUGAGGUCGGCCAUCUUCGGAGCUAUGUGCGCUCUCACGACCUUCGGCAGAUUGACGAUGGUCGAGGCGUGUACCCACGAGGACUCCAACCUUGGCCAGGUCUGCGACGAGAAGGGCUACCACUACGAGAGACUCGGCCUGUUCAACGACUGCGACCUCAGCAAGCCGCAGGGCUACCACAAGGCGAAGUUCCUGCUGGACGAGAGGCGCCCGGAGCUCCUCGUCAGCACACCUCCCUGCGGGCCGUGGUCGAUUAUGCAGAAUAUCAACCAGCGCGACGACAAGCAGAAGGAGAAUCUGCGCAAGAAGCGACUCAAGAGCCAGCGGAUCUUCGAGAACAACAAGAGGCUCAUCGAGCAUCAGGUGCUUCACCUGAAUGGCUCGGCCCUCGCCGAGCAGCCACACAACAGUCGUUCGUGGCAGAAGACCUGCUGGAAGGACCUGCACAAGAUUCUCCCCUACGAGGUGAUCGUAGACGGCUGCGCCUGCGGACUCAAAGCCCCGGACACAGGCGAGCUCAUGAAGAAGCGCUGGAAGUUCCUGACGAACGACAAGAGGAUCUGGGUGGCCCUCCAGCCGCUACAAUGCCGUGGAGGACACUAUCAUGAAGAGAUCGAGAGCAGUCUGAGGACCGAGGCCUCGGGCUCCUAUCCCAAGAUGCUGUGCCGCCGGAUCCUCCGAGCUCUGACCAAGAGCCAGAAUCAGAAUUACUUCGAAGAAGAGGUCGUGAAUUUCUGUAUGGCCGCUACCCAGCAGCCACCUACUGAGCCGACUCCAGAGGAGGACGAGACAUCGAUUCCACCACUAGAUGGCAAGGAGUCGCACGACCUCACCAGCGACACAGUCAAGAAGCUCGAGAGCUACAUCAGGCUGGUUCACACCAACCUGGGACAUUUACCUCGAGCACAUCUUCUACGUUACCUACGAGACCGAGGUGCGAGACCUGAGGUGCUACGAUUGGCCAGAACCUUCAAGUGCGACAUCUGUGAUGCUCAUCGACCACCGACGAAGCGGCCACCAGCUUCCUCAGCAGAGCAGCCUCAGAAUGGUCACGAAGUUUUGUUCGACGCCUUCUCUUGGAUCCGUCGCAGCACGAACACCAACGUGAUGGCGCUAGCGAUCCUCGACGCUGGAUCGGACAUACUCUACGUGCGGCUUAUCGACGAGAAAGCGAUCCCAGGGACCUGCCGACAAGUUCGGGCGGGCGACCUUCGACACAUCUUUGCUACGAAGUGGUUCCCUUGGAAGGGACGGCCGAAGGUCAUGCGCUAUGAUCCAGCUGGGAGCGCCAUCUCCGACGAGUUCCGCGAGUGGAUCGAGAGCCAGGGAGUCUACUGCCUCCCAUGCGCUGCCGACGCCCACUGGCAGAUCGGCAAGAUCGAACGAGCCAUUGAAGCGUUCAAGGAGGCCCUUGACGCCUUCGACGAGAUGAUCUUAGCUGAAGUUCCCACGAGCGAGAUGUUCGGACUACAGACAGCAGCCAGGAACGACCUGAUCAGGAUCGACGGGUUCAGUCCGCUGCAGCGCUAUGCAGGACGGACACCCACUGGCACCACGGUCAACCUCUUCGACGAGCCGACCAACCUGCCGCUCAUCAGCGCCGAGCUGCAGGACGGCACCUUCAGCAGGGACGCUCAAGUACGACGGCUGGCACGGCUAGCUCACAUCCAGACGGAGAACUCCGACCGAGUCAAGCGUGCGGAGGCCGCAAGAUUCAGAUCGUUCAAGAAGUACGAGACGGGCGACCUGGUAUUCGUCUACCGGCGACUCCCACCAGGAGCCUGGCGCAAGAAAGGACAUCGACCUGGUAUGCCCGGGACGGUGGUCAACAUCACGCUAGCUGGACGACUCUACCGAGUUGCUCCCGAACAACUUCGGCCCGCCACACCUUCCGAGGAGGCGAUGGCGUCGCUACGCUCGCGCCGCGAGCAGCCUGGAACAUGGACCUUCGGCGACGUCCAGAAGCAGCUCGACACGAACGAGGUGAUCGACCUGUCGAACGAGUCCCCCACCCACUGGCCCAGGAACCUCUCAUCCAGCCAGCACCACCAGAAGCUCCACCAGGUAUUCCACAGACUGAAGAUCACGAAGCUGGGCAGCCAGCCGAAGCCGAACCGAGGGAACUUCUACGGGGACUACGCCUACAGCGUCCAGCCGUAUGACGAGGUCAAGGAGGACGACGAGCUCAUCGUGCUGGACAUCCCUGUCAACAACGAGCACGCGUUCAUGGUUUACAUGGACGACCCCAGCAACUUUGUGGCAUCGCAGGCCCGGAAGGGCCGAGUCGAAGUCUCAUUCAAGAAGGCAACCCCAAAGGAGAAGAAGCUGCUACUCGAGGCACAGCAGAAGGAGUGCACCUCCGUCCUCAGCACGAAGGCCGUCAGGAUCCUCAGUCGACAGGGGAUCGACCCAGCGCGUCUGUUGCGCUGCCGUUUCGUGCUGACCUGCAGGGGCAAGGCCAGAUUGGUCGUGCUCGGCUUCAGCGACCCCGACCUGCUUCAUCUACGGACGGAGUCUCCCGUUGCAUCACGACGGGCACGUCAACUUCUACUGGCCAUGGCAGCGAGACACAAGUGGAAGCUGGAGAAGGCCGAUGCUGUGACUGCCUUCCUCCUGCGAGAAACGGACGAGGAGAAGCGGAAGAUCUACGCGGACCCCCCGAAGGACGUAUGUCAGGCCUUCGGCAUGAAAGACGACGAUGUCCUGCAGUUUCUCAAGCCGAUGUACGGGUUCGUACAUGCUCCUCGCAAGUGGUGGCUACAUUUCAUGGAAACGCUCAAGAUGCUGCAGCUGGAAGCGAUACAGUGCGAGCCAUGCGUCUGGGCCAUCCGAGACAGCACUACGCUGGUCGGCAUGGUCAUCCUACACGUUGCCGACAUGAUGAUUGCCGGCGAUCAUACUCACGCGGGCUUUCUCAAGAAGCGACAAGAGAUCCAACAAGCAUUCGAGUGGACCCCCUGGGAAAGCCGACCAUUCGUGCAGUGCGGUAUCAGCAUCCGCCAGAACGAGGAUUUUACUUGCAGUCUCGCACAGGACAGCUACAGCCUGAACGUGAUCCCAUCAAGAUACGACGUGGACGGAAACCUACAGACGGAGUCUCGGACAAAGAGAGAUCAGACUUACGAGGGCGACUUGGUACAGUCGGCUGGCGAGCUCAACAGUCCGCCCCGUGGCUAA